UGGCCCGCACUACUUCCACGGGAGAGGGGCGGCCGCACCAAAUUAGUCUGUAUAUAAGACGGCGCAUGGCCGCCACGACGAGUACUGUCCGUUUGUGAGCGUCAAAAGAUGAUGAUGCAGCUGGUCGUCCUGUCGGCGCUGGUGGCCGUGGCCCUGGCGGCCCCGCAGCAGCAGUCCUACACCACCCCCAUCCCCAUCAUCAGGCUGCAGAAUGACGCCAGCCCCGACGGCACCUACCAGUUCAGCUACGAGACGGGCAACGGCAUCGUGGCCCAGGAGCAGGGUCAGCUCAAGAACGUGGGCACGCAGGACGAGGCCAACUCAGUGGUGGGCUCCUUCUCGUACACCGGCCCCGACAGCGUCCAGUACUCGGUGCAGUACACGGCCGACGACAACGGCUUCCUGGCGCAGGGCGUGCACCUGCCCACCCCGCCGCCCAUCCCCGCCGAGCUGGCCAAGGCCCUGGAGGCGGCCGCGCGCCUGCCCGACCCCAACGACGGCGGCCAGUACCAGCCGAACCUGUACGGCAACAACGGCCGCUGAGCGACGCUAGGCGCCGCCAGGCGACGGGCCGGGCCUGCGCGCGGACGCGUACAAGUGCUAGCUUCCGGACGCAGGCCCCCUCCCCACAACCCACCCCUGCUCGGGGCCGCGCCCGACAAACCAAGAAAGAAACCAUCUCGUCGUACACGCCAUCAUCAUCGCCAUGGCCCUUGCCAUCCAUCAUUUCGGUGCGAUCUUUCCUGAUAAGCCGUCGGUAAAGUCGCAAAGGGCUGUCGUUCAUGCGAAAUACUGUGAAAGAUAAUUGUUCAUGCAAAUGCCUGAUUUCAUUCUAAUUUGAAAAUAUGUACAAUUUUUUUUCACGACAUAUGAAAUACGUGUGCGCGUCAUGCCAAUAACUAGGCGAAAUUGCGACGUGUCUGGUUGUCAGGCGUGGUCUCAGCCGCCCCACCUCUCCCUGUAAAUACAACCCGUCUCACAAAA